CUUGCCUUGCCUUUGCUUCUCUUCCUUCUCUCCUCCCCUCCUCUCUUCAGUAUCGGGGAGUUCCUGUCCCUGGCUGCUAUGGAUACGUUCCUGCGCGGGGUCCAGCCGGAGGUCAACGAUCUAUUUGUCCUCAGUCUGGUCCUGAUUAACCUGCUGGCCUGGAUGGACCCCUUCAUUACACAGGGAGCAACCGUGAAAAGAUUUGUAGUUCUGAUCCGAACACUUGGAACAUACAACUCUAUACUGCUGGGGUCCUGGCUUCCUGUUCUGGCUCUCCUCCAGCUGCCCUACCUGGACUCUCUGUACGGUUACAGUCUGAAGCUGCUCCGGUAUGCUGACACCACCACCCUGGCCAGCCUGGUGAGAGCUGACUGGACCUUCUACUCCUCCCACCCAGCCCUCUUCCUUUCCACCUACCUGGCUCACGGCCUGCUCGUCGACUACUUUGAAAAGAAACGCCGCUGUGGCGUGAGGAGCCAAGAGGACAGCACCACAAACCUGGAGUGGCUGUCCAAUCUGUGGGACUGGUACACUUCCUAUCUGCUCCACCCAAUCGCAGCGCUGCAGCAGGUCCCAUCUGACUACUCAGACUGGGAGGUCGACCCCAACUUUUUAUUAGAGCGUUUGGCUUUCCCUGAUCUCUGGCUGCGCCCAUUAGUAAACAUGGAGUAUAUUGACACCCUGCCAACCUGGAGGUUCAGAGCUGCUGGUCCGGACAGAGGAGAGGGGGGGGGUGUAAAGCGGGAUGAAGAGACAGAUAGUUCACAUUCAGACACAGAGAGCAUGAAGCAGUUGGAUGCAGUUCCCAUCAGAUCUCCAAACAGCUGCAAGAAACACGAGAGCUCAUUGAGCAGUCAGGACAGCGGUAAACAUUUGUGUGUGCACACAAACACAGACCCCAGCAGUAGCUGUGAGUGUGUGUGUGCUGAUGCAUCACCACUCUGCUGUCGUCAUGGGAACAGAAGCUCACCAUUAGCUGACAGGACGGUGGAGGACGGCAGCCUGACAUCCGAAGACAUCUCCAACUAUCAGCACUGUGAUUGGUCGGUGUGGCCCUGUGACGUCCUGCAGUGUCUGGAGUGUGUGGUGUGUCUGGAGAACUUUGUGAGUGAGGAGCUGCUGAUGGCCCUGCCCUGUGGCCACGUGUUCCACCAGCAGUGCAUCGUGGUGUGGCUGGCCUCUGGCAGACACUGCUGCCCGGUGUGUCGCUGGCCCAGCUACAAGAAGAAGCUGCAGGGGGCUGCAAUCAGAAGCUCCACGGGAAACACCCUGCAGGACUGAUGCAUACGUCUUACUUCGUUAGGGCUGCGUAUCGAUGUUAAAUUGAUCAGCCUAGAUAUUGUCUUACAUUUUGGCUAUGGUAAUAUCUUAUAUCGUAAUAUAUAAGUGUGUUUUCCUAGUUUUUGAAGGCUCUAUUGCAGUGAAUGGAUGUCAUUCUAUGAACUAAAAAGAGAUUUCAGCUGUUUACUUUACCCACUUAAUCAUUAUAACCUCAUUAUUUAUCAAAAAUGUCAUUGUGUAAAUCAUUUGUGAAGCCCCCAAUAGUCAACAGUAAAAACAAAUUGAAAUAUUUGGUGAAAAAUAAGGUGAUAUUUGUUUUUCUUCAUAUGGCCCAGCUCUGCUUCAUGUGUCCUCUCUACUCUCAUUGUUCAUUGGCUCAGAGCUCACUGAGACUGUGUCUGAUAUUAUAACAGGUUGCUUUUGAUAAAGUUGGGAAUGGGAAGGCUUACUUAGAUAUUUUUAAACUGGACCUUUUUUUCACAUGUCAUAAUGACUAACGGGCCUAAUAUUUUUGAAAUUGGUUCAGUAUCGAGAGAGAGUGCUGCAGCCAGCAGUCGCUAAACGAACUCCAAUGAAUCGCUUUGGGCUUUUCCGCGACCUACAAUUUACGUCCAAGAAUGCUUGCUCCUGCCACGGAAAGGCCUGAUUGUAAUAUAAAAGUCUGACUACAUCAUGAACAGGACCGUCUAGAAGCUAAGGGAGAAGUAUUUUUCUGAAAUCUUGUGUUGCAAUUGCAUUAAGGAAAUUGUCUAAAUAUUCUGCCAUUACAUUUCAAAUCAA